AUAACCCUGCCCUGUUCUGGUUCUCAAGGCACAUCUCUCUGUGGGGGAGCAUUUCCUUCAACCUGGCUGUGUUCAUCAACUUAGCUGUUGCUCUCUUCUACCCAUUUGGGGAUGAUGGAGAUGAAGGUACUCUUUCUCCAUUGUUCUCAGUUCUUCUUUGGAUAGCAGUUGCGAUCUGCACAUCUAUGCUGUUUUUCUUCUCCAAGCCUGUGGGUAUUCGGCCAUUUCUUGUGUCAAUAAUGCUCAGAUCAAUAUACACAAUAGGUCUUGGGCCUACAUUAAUACUUCUUGGUGCAGCUAAUCUUUGUAAUAAAAUAGUAUUUCUGGUGAGUUUUGUUGGAAAUCGCGGCACGUUCACCCGAGGGUACCGAGCAGUCAUCCUGGAUAUGGCCUUUCUCUAUCACGUAGCAUAUGUCCUGGUUUGCAUGCUGGGCCUCUUUGUCCAUGAAUUCUUCUAUAGCUUCCUGGUGAGUAGUUACGGAGUUCCUACCAUGACCUUACCAUCCAUGACGGAAACAUGUCAAAAGGAAAACUGCUCACCCACGAUACCAGCUUCAAAUACAGCUGACGAAGAGUAUGAAGAUGGGAUUGAAAGGACAUGCGACACGCUCCUUAUGUGCAUCGUCACUGUGCUGAACCAGGGCCUCAGGAACGGCGGCGGCGUGGGGGAUGUGCUGAGAAGGCCGUCCAAAGAUGAGCCCUUGUUUGCUGCCCGAGUGGUUUAUGACCUUCUUUUUUAUUUCAUUGUUAUCAUUAUCGUUCUUAACCUGAUUUUUGGUGUCAUCAUUGAUACCUUUGCUGAUCUCAGAAGUGAAAAACAGAAAAAAGAAGAAAUUCUAAAGACAACCUGUUUCAUCUGUGGACUCGAGAGAGACAAGUUUGAUAAUAAAACUGUUUCAUUUGAGGAACACAUUAAGUCAGAACACAAUAUGUGGCAUUAUCUGUACUUCAUCGUCCUGGUGAAAGUUAAGGACCCAACAGAAUACACUGGACCGGAAAGUUACGUGGCUCAAAUGAUCAUGGAGAAGAAUUUGGACUGGUUUCCUCGGAUGCGAGCCAUGUCCCUGGUUAGCAAUGAAGGUGACAGUGAGCAAAACGAGAUUCGGAACCUUCAGGAAAAGUUGGAAUCGACCAUGAGUCUGGUCAAGCAGCUGUCGGGGCAGCUGGCGGAGCUCAAGGAGCAGAUGACAGAACAAAGGAAGAAUAAACAGAGACUGGGCUUCCUCGGAUCAAACACACCCCAUGUGAAUCAUCACAUGCCACCACACUGAUACCAUGGGGGGAAGCCGUGACUAGCCUUUCAUCAGUGUCCUGCCUGAUCACUGAAUAAAGAACUGAGACGGA